AUGGGAACUAUCAACUUCGCUAUGCUGGGAAACAUUCCGUCCAACUUCACCCCGAACAUAGCCUUGUUCCGUGCACCCGUCACGUCUCCUCCAUACCGCGUUGACCUCCCGGUGGCGAAACAAGUUGACGCGAUCCUUGAUCAAUAUCUUGCGGCUGGUCUGAUCCAACAUUCGACCUCGCCCUACUCGAGUCCUUUAGUAGUCAUACCGAAGAAAUCUGGUGGUGUUCGCAUCACUGUCAAUUCUCGCAAGCUCAAUAAGCUUUGCGCUUUGAGCCAGCUUCCGAUUCCUCGAGUUGAUGAUACUUUGGACAAGUUGUUGAACGGGCGAAAUUUUUCCCUUUUUGACAUGAAGUCUUCGUUCCACCAAGUCACGGUUCACCGUAAAACNCUGAAGAUGCCGCAAGGCAGUUCUGCUGCUCCUGGGUGGUUUUGCAAGGUUGUCAACGAAGUCAUCAAAAAUCUCCACGGUGUUGCAUCGUAUUUGGAUGAUUUAAUCGUUUUUGACGACAACCCUGCGUCUCAUGUUGACACCAUGCGCGCUCUGUUUGAACGUUUGCGCACACACAACUUGAAACUCACCCCACCAAAGGCCACCGUUGGCGCUACAGAGGCGGACUUCCUCGGCCACACCAUCUCUCCCGACGGUGUUCGGCCUAACGGGGCCACGGCCACCGUUGGCGCUACAGAGGCGGACUUCCUCGGCCACACCAUCUCUCCCGACGGUGUUCGGCCUAACGGGGCCAAGGUCGCGGCCCUAACCAAAAUGCCCAUGCCCAGGGAUGUUAAACAACUUCGCUCUCUUCUCGGCGGCCUCAGCUACUAUCGCAAGUUUCUUCCCAACAUGACUACGCGCAUUCGGCCUCUGACCACUCUUCUUAAGAAGCAGGCGACGUUCGUCUUCAUCCCUGCCAUGGCGCAAGCUGUUCGCGUCCUGCUGUCUGAAUUGGCCAACCCUCCUGUCUUGGUUUAUCCGGAUUGGGAUGCCGUUUCGGACGGCUCGCGACCUUUUCUUCUCUACUGUGAUGCUAGUCGCGAUGGAUUCGGUGGGACUCUCGAACAAGAACAGCCGGACGGCUCCAUCCGACUAAUCGUCUUCAUCAGCCGAGCCACUUUGGACUCCGAACGUCAUUGGACCCCCCUCGACCUCGAAGCGGGUAGCAUCGUGUGGUCCAUCAAACGACUUCGCGGUUAUCUGUGGGGUACUAAAUUUCGCAUUUUUACUGACCACAAGUCUCUUGAGCAUUUUGCCAAGGUGGGGGAGAACAAUGCCCGCGUUCAGCGUUGGCUCGAAUUUCUUACCGCUUACAAUUACACUCUCGAGUACCGCAAGGAGGCGGACUUCCUCGGCCACACCAUCUCUCCCGACGGUGUUCGGCCUAACGGGGCCAAGGUCGCGGCCCUAACCAAAAUGCCCAUGCCCAGGGAUGUUAAACAACUUCGCUCUCUUCUCGGCGGCCUCAGCUACUAUCGCAAGUUUCUUCCCAACAUGGCUACGCGCAUUCGGCCCCUGACCACUCUUCUCAAGAAGCAAUCGACGUUCGUCUUUACCCCUGCCAUGGAGCAAGCUGUUCGCACCCUGCUCUCUGAAUUGGCCAACCCUCCUGUCCUGGUUUAUCCGGAUUGGGAUGCCGUUUCGGACGGUUCGCGACCUUUUCGUCUCUACUGUGAUGCUAGUCGCGAUGGGUUCGGUGGGACUCUCGAACAAGAACAGCCGGACGGCUCCAUCCGACUAAUCGUCUUCAUCAGCCGAGCUACUUUGGACUCCGAACGUCAUUGGACUCCCCUCGACCUCGAGGCGGGUAGCAUCGUGUGGUCCAUCAAGCGACUUCGCGGUUAUCUGUGGGAUGACGAUGAGGAGGGCGUGUUCUUCAUCCGUUCUUGUGGCCUUACGCCUUCCGGCCAUCGCGCCGUGGGUGUUGGCUUGGGUGGGCUCGUCCCCACUUCCCCGACUUCGGUCUUGGGUGNGGACGGUUACAUGUUGACGAUGAUGGGUUGGUCUUGCUUGUUCGCAAGCACACAGCACCCCCGUCGUCUACGACCGCACGUCCUGGUGGGCGUGCUGCUCGCCUUCUCAACGACGAACCCAUUCGGAAUUUUGUUCCUAUGCUCAUGCGUCCGUGGAUCAUGCAAGCCUGUCACUUUGAUGCCUCCUUNGCUCUCUGAAUUGGCCAACCCUCCUGUCCUGGUUUAUCCGGAUUGGGAUGCCGUUUCGGACGGUUCGCGACCUUUUCGUCUCUACUGUGAUGCUAGUCGCGAUGGGUUCGGUGGGACUCUCGAACAAGAACAGCCGGACGGCUCCAUCCGACCAAUCGUCUUCAUCAGCCGAGCCACUUUGGACUCCGAACGUCAUUGGACCCCCCUCGACCUCGAAGCGGGUAGCAUCGUGUGGUCCAUCAAACGACUUCGCGGUUAUCUGUGGGGUACUAAAUUUCGCAUUUUUACUGACCACAAGUCUCUUGAGCAUUUUGCCAAGGUGGGGGAGAACAAUGCCCGCGUUCAGCGUUGGCUCGAAUUUCUUACCGCUUACAAUUACACUCUCGAGUACCGCAAGGGUUCAGCAAAUGGCAACGCUGAUUUCCUCUCUCGCCUUCCGAUCGAUGCGGCGGAAUGUGACCGAUCUGGUCGCAGUCGAUUGACGCCAGAUGACGAUGAGGAGGGCGUGUUCUUCAUCCGUUCUUGUGGCCUUACGCCUUCCGGCCAUCGCGCCGUGGGUGUUGGCUUGGGUGGGCUCGUCCCCACUUCCCCGACUUCUGUCUUCGGUGGGCUGGCCCCUUUUACAGGUUA